CAGGGGCGGACUGACAACUCAUGGGGCCCCCGGGCAAUAGGGGAUUAUGGGGCCCCUGAGUCCUUGCCCAAACUCAAAAAAGCUUAUGAAAAAGGUACCAGGGGCAUCUCAUGGGGCCCCCUACUGACCCUGGGCCCUCGGGCAGUGCCCGAGAGCCGGAAUGGUCAGUCCACCCCUGAACACAACUAUUGUAAUGGCUAAUAUGGAGAGCGGGGACAUGGAGCAAGAAUUGCAGCAGAGAAAGAGGCAAAUAAACAUCAAGAAUGGUUUUGAUUUUUAUCUUAAAAUAGUUAUAAAGCCUAAAUGUUUUUUAACCAAUGCA